AUGCCUUUCGACAAUACAGCUUAUAGAGACACAAUCGCCCGGAAAACAGCGGGAUUCACCCUCACCCUAGGCGUGUUCGAUAAUAAUGCGCAGGAUAAAAGGAGAGAGAUCCAAUUACCGGUUGUUUGGGAAGCAGAAGCCCGCUUGCAACAGAAAGACGGCGAUCCUGCCCCCAUGAGGCUCACGGACUGUAUAGACAAGGGCGAGAUCAGCAACUCAUCCGAUACAUUGUGGAUCGUUGACGUCAAGCAGAACUGGGUGGGGGAAGACAAGGGCGAGCGGAAAGCUUUAUACGCCAUGAACCAGAUCGUUGCCGCCCGCCAUUCAGAUCAUAUUUGUGACACCAUGAUAUUAGGAUUGAAAAAGGACAAAUGUCUGGGGCAUCUAGGGAAGAACAAGCCGGGCACGACCUAUCGCUUUGUCUGUCAAACCGACGAGGAACGCCCUGAAGGACUGCCUGAAGGUGCUUACCCCUUUGAAGGCUUAAUGAUUCUGGGACCUACUGGAAAGGAAGUUAAGGGUUACAACGAAGCCAAGUUGGAUUAG